CAUUAUAUUUUUUCCUUCGAUUAUAACAGACUUACAAUAAUUUGUUAGCUUGGACAACCUAUACUACAGUAACAAUACUUGUUACACGCACGGGAGGUACUACAGUAAUAAUAGCUUGUUACUACAGUAAUAAGGUAUCCCAUGACGGUGAGGAGCUGUAUGUUCUUGAGGCCAUUCCCGAUUCCCGGCCGAUAUAUAAGACCCAUCGAGCCAUUGCCUUGGAAUAUCGCAUAUGCUCUCAGCUGCUUCCCUCCACCAUCUACUAACUUGCAGCAACCAAACAAAGAUUUCGGUUCGAUCUAGUCGCUUUGCGCCGCAAGUCUUCCCCGAUCAACCUCACCUCACCCUCUUGACUCUCUCUUCUUGCCCAGCCUCCUCAAUCUCCAGCUCCGUCAUCACAGCUUGCUCCGCUCGGAAUGGCGUCCCCGUUGACAGAAGCCUCGCCUCCCCCGACCAUCCGAGACGUCAUCGGCCGCGACGACGACGACGACGACGGCAACUUCAUCGCGGAGUUGGAAGAGGAGGAGGACGUGGAAGACGAGGAGGACGAGGAAGAGUGGGACAUGAGCAAGCGCAUGUCCCGCCUAUCCAUGGAGGGCUCCGACGGCGGCGACGCCGACGACGAGGACGAAGCGGAGGAGGAAGACGACGACGAGUUCGAGGUGCGGUCGGACGUCAACGCCGCGACGCACGGCGGCGCGUGGCCCCCUCCGUACGACGUGCAGGCCCCGUCGUCGGCGUCGCUCCCGGGCACGCCCGACCGUGCGGCGGCGCAGACGUCGUCGUCGUCGCCGCCGUGGUGGCCCGGGCCGAGCGGCGGCGGCGGCAAGGAGUACGCGAGCGAGACGGAGGCGCGGUGGCCGCCCGGCGCUGGGAGGCGGCGGCGGUACCACCACCGCGAGCGGAUGGCGCGGGAGGUGUGGCUGGAGCGCGCGUGGCGGGCGCGGAAGCAGCGGCAGGAGGCGGCCGCGGCGGUGCCCGUGGUGGUCCUCGGCGGCGGCGGCGGGGGCGAGUCCCCCGCCGCGGGGCGCGGCGGCGUGGCGAUGGACAUGGAGGAGGUCCGCGCGUGCCGGGACCUGGGCCUGGGGCUCCCCUGCGACUGGACCGUGGAGAUCCCCUGUCACGCGCUCUCCGGCGUCGACACCGCCAGCAGCGGCGGCAACUCGCCGGCCUCCGGCAGCUGGCGCAUCUCCAGCCCCGGGGACGACCCUAGGGACGUGAAGGCGCGGCUCAAGGUGUGGGCGCAGGCGGUGGCGCUCGCCUCCGCCGCCUCCCGCCUCGGCUCGUGAAGGUCCAGGCGGCGAGUCCAAGAACUCACCAUCCAAGCUCUUCCUUCGGCUAAGGAUGCGGGCACGCGAUCACCAUGAGAGAUAACCCCGUCAUCAUCUCCAACAUUAACAGUCUUCCAAGUUCCAAUCUCAUCAAGGAAAAAAAACUACAAAAAAAAAGAACAGUUGGUUCUGACAACAUUUUUGCGUUCCACUGUACAAAUAUGCGUCGUGUACUCGUGUGUGUGUGUGUGUGGUCAUAGCUGGUCCCAAAGAAAAAGAAAAGAAAAGAAAGCUAUAGGAUUAGCAAACAUGUGGUUUGGGCAGGGAGCUAGCCGUACGUGCACAACGGGAUCGCGCGCCUCGCUAGGGGUGACACGUGCAGCGCGGCGGACCGUGUGUGUGUGUGUGUUUCUUUUGCGUUGCAUGAUUGUUGUUGUACGAGUAUAGAGUGCAGGCGAAGAAAAGUGGAAAACAGAACAAAUGUUUUUUUUUGGCA